UUUAUGAUGCAACAAGUAUCUACAAUUUUUAAAUGAGGAAUUCGAUUAUUUUUAUUUGAUAAAUGGUCAAUGGUGAAUUGUAAUUUGAAAGAAAUGUCGCGACUAUGAAAAUACGUUUGUGAUAAAAACUCCUUAAAUAAAUUUUACUGACGCACGUGUGAACAAUAUGGAUUCAUUUGAUAGUUUUUCUGCAGAGAAAUCCGAGCAAGGCAUGCUUAGAACUUCCAGUGAUCCUCUUAGCUCAAACCAGCUCCAAAAUGAUAUCUCGUUUAAGAUAGAAAAUGAUGGUUAUCCGUCUGAUCAAGAAAAUGAAGAGCCUUACGAAAUUCAAGAUGAAACUGAUGAUCAGCGUACGAAAAAUGAGGACAUGUGCGUCGCAUGUGGGUAUAUCUCAGCGAACGAAUUUUUCGUUUUCCCGUUUAAUGUUGAUAUUCGACAGCAGUGGGCCAAGUUUUGUGAUAUAAAUGUAGAUAAAAUAAAACUACAUUUUCGACUUUGUGAUGGACAUUUUAAACCCGAAGACUACGAAAUCUCGAUGCAACGUAAAGUAUUGAAACCGACAAGUGUUCCAACGUUAAGACCAAAAGUGAAACACAACUUCACGCCUUCGAUUACUCAGAGCUUUCAAUUCGGUGCAGAUGUAAUUAGUUUUUCAAUGCCAAAGUCGAAUAUAAACACAUCGCGAAAUACCACGUGCAGCUCGGACUUCGAAAAAAACACUACCACCGCAGAUGCUCCUAAUAAACGAUUGAGCGAGAAUUUUAAAGAUAUUACGAAUAAUCAGGACACCAUUCCUCCUAAAGCAGCGAAAUCGACAUCGAAGAAAAACUUGAAACAUGAAAAGUGCCAACUAUCAGAGAAACAUCUUCGAACCGAAAUUUUCAGAUUGAAAAUACGAUGUUCUCGUCUCGAAGAUACUGUUGCCAACUUUGAAAAUAAAAUCAAGCAACAGGUGGAAGAGUGCUUCGUUACACGAACAAAUACUGCCGGAAAUGUUGCGAAAGAUAUUCAAAACUCGACUUCAUCGAUUAACGCUUCCUCAGAAAAUUCGAGGAACGAUCAUUGUAAUAAGGAGGCACGAACUGAUCAACGUUCUGUAAAAGAAGUGCUCGUAGGAUCUGCUGAACAGGUUACCGAAGAUGGUUACAUUACGGAUUCGAGUAUGCCUUCCGUAGAAAUGUCGAUCGACGGUCCUCAGAAAGUAGAAGUAAAACAAGAAAUAUUUACCGAAGAAGUUAUGCUCGAUGAACCUACCGAACAGGUUGCCGAAGAUAAUCACUCUGUAAGUUCGACCAUUCCUCCCCGAGAAAUAUCUACAGACCGUCUUCUAAAUGCGAAGGCAAUCCUUAAACCAUUUUCCAUAAGAGUAACGAACGCAGAAACUUCCAUAAAUGUAACUUCGAAUAGCAGUCCUGGCAGUACAGAGGAUCCACUUGCGCAAGAUUUCGAAAAAGUAUCACCAGCGGAACAUUCUUACGAAGAUAUUCAAUCUCCAAAUUCUACCAUUCCUUCCUCCGAAAAGUCGUUUGAGAGUCGUAAUAACGCAGAGGCGCGAGCAGGAUGCUCAAAAAAUCAAGAAAACUCCGGUCGCCGUCCGAUGCCUCGAUCUGCAAAACAGAAAAAACCUCUCCCAAGCGAAAAAAAAUCAACAACGCGAAACUCCGGCAAUGUUUCAAACAAGGCGGAGGUACAGAUGCAGGAUUCAUCGCCUUACUGCUGCGAUAUUUGUGGUACAAAGUUUUCCUGUAAACGUGAUUGGACAAGCCAUCAGCAGCGAGAACAUUCGAAGCCGUUUCACUGCCAAGUCUGCGACAAACAGUUUGCUUAUAAAAGAAGUUUAAUUGCACAUGGAUCGACUCAUAAUGAAAAGAAACGCUACAAAUGUCGCAUUUGUGAUGUACGAUUUAAGCAAAAUCUCAGUAAAUUGGAGCACGAACGUGUGCAUGUGGAAGGAGCUUCUUUCAAGUGCCCUGUUUGCGGAAAAAUGUUUUCAUAUAAACAAUCUCUCAUUAGACACCUGGAACUACAUUCUGAUGUGAAACCGUUUUCUUGUCAAACAUGUAGCAUAAGUUUUACUCGAAAAGAUCAUUUUACUAAUCACCAACAGACGCAUAGUCAAGAGAAACGCUACAAAUGCCGCAUUUGUGACGCACCAUUCAAGCACUAUCACGGUAGAUGGCGCCACGAACGCAGGCAUGUGGAAGGAGCUUGUUUUGAGUGCGCUGGUUGCGGAAAAAAGUUUUCCUAUAAAGAUUCUCGCAUUAGACACCUGAGACUAGUACAUUCCGGUGUGAGACCGUUUUCUUAGUUUUGCUCUAAAAGGCGAUCUUACUGAUGACCAACAGACGCAUAGUAAAGAGAACCCCUUCAAAUUCCGCAUAUGCAAGUAACAAUUCAGUCAGCAAGGGAGUAAGACAAAGCAGGAACGUUCCCAUGCGAAGGGCCCUCGUUUUGAGUGUGCUCAUUGUGGCCACAAAUUCCGCCAUAAGAGCACCCUACUUGAACACAUAUCAUUUAAAUGUGCAUAAAUAGCAAUACUUGAGUACCUACCUUUCUCAAUGUGUAAAGAUUCUAAUUGUUUUUCUCCUUUUUUUUUUUCAUUUUUUUUUUCAAUUUGAUACAAACUUGAUUUGAUACUUGACCAAUUUCGUAAAUUCAUUUUAUUCUUAGAGAUUGCCGCGUACCUGAGUACAUAUUAAAUGUCUAAUUAACAUCCACUUUGUGCUUCUACUUAUAUGGGGAAAAAUACACUAUGGUAUUUCA